AUGGCCCAGUCCAGUAUAACUGACGAGGAGGGCGAACUCACAGAUGAGGCAAGAAAAGAAAUAAAGCGAAUUUUCCGUCUGAUCGACACCACCGGAAACGGAAAGAUCGGGGUUAAUGACCUGAUGCGGUCUAUGCAGCUGAGCGGGGGGAAUCCCACCAAAGAGGAGGCUGAACGAAUGAUCAAUGAAAACGAUAUGGACGGUAGUGGAAGUGUGGAAUACCAGGAAUUUGAAAACAUUAUGAAAAUCCAUAUUUUAGCCCUUGAGUACCAGAAUGAUAUUCUAAAAGAUGCUUUUAAACGAUUUGAUAAAAAUGGCGACGGAUCAUUGGACCUUGAAGAGCUCCGGAAGGUUCUCUGUAGUAUAGGGGAAAGUCUCACUGACGAGGAGGCUGAGGAAAUGUUCGCAAUGGUGGACGCUGACAAAAACGGGAAAGUUGAUCUGGAAGAGUUCCUGAACGCCUUCAAAGCGUCGUGA